AUGAUAAAAAAGACUAAGGAAGGAUUAAAAUUUUGUGAUUAAUUGAUUAAAGAAAAUUAGGUUUACCAAUCAGUUUCUACUUCUACUGUAAGUCUAUUAAAAGCAAAUAGCUAAUCUGCUCUUGCACUAUGCGAAUCUCUUUCUCCUUCAAAGAAAUGCAUCGAAGAAAGCAGCUUUGGGUGUCAAAAAGUAAAGAAAGUUGUAUUUCAAUCGAAAGAUAACAAUCAAUAACAUAAUUCUUCUAUUGAUGAAAUCAAACAGUAGCAAAGAAACAAAUUAAUUAAAUAGUUUCCUUUACCAUAUUCAGAAUAAAUUCCAAAAAAAGUAGAGAUUUAAGAGAUAUGCAAUUUCUUAAGACCUAGAGCAUCAUCUUAUGAACCUGAAAACCAAAAAAAUAAUACAAGUUUUAAUUUUCCUACAUCUCAAUCACCCAAAAAUUGCUCAACACCAAAUUAUAUAGAUAAAAUGGUUAAAGAAAAUGGAAGAAAACUAAUAAAUUAAUUCUCAUAAAUGAAAUAAAAACAGAGCUUACUAGAUAAAAUAACUCCAAGACAAUAUGCUUGGCUAACAAAGCAAAAUGCUAUUCAAGAAUCGCCUUAAAAUAGUAAAAAUUUUCAUAAAUAUGCGGUGAUAGUUCCAUGCUAAAAAAACGAAGAUAAAUAGAGUGAAUUUACUACAAAACACUACAACUCAAAAAAUCUUAUUAGAAUGAUUACAAGUCACUUUAACGAGUAGUCCCAAGAUCAUGCUCUAAUAGCUUAAAAUUAUCAAACAAAUGAUAGUAGCAAUUCACUAAAUCAAUUAUAAAAUAAAUCUUAUCAAAAUGCAAAAAUUCUACCUUCCUUUACCUUUAAUUAAAAAAAAAAUUAAGACAAUAUAAAUAAUAGCAUAGGAAAUGAGAUAAUGAUAACAUAAAUAAAUCAGUCAAAUGCUGUUAUAGAAAUGGAUUAAGAAGAUGCUUAAGAAGAAUAAAACAAAAAUAGUUAAAACUAACUUUAACCCAAUCAUGAAAAUUAACAAUUUAAGACUAAAUUAAAUGAUCCUCUUCAACCAAGAUUUUUAAUUUUCUCAAAAAACCUAAAAUAGCAUCAAGUAGAGCUUAAAAAAUAAGAAAAAGAAUAAUACUGCUUGGAAAAACCUGACAUUGUUAACACAGCAUUUGUCAAUAAAUUAAUAAUGAGUGCUAAACAUAUUUAGAAAAUCAAAGGAAUGCACAUCUAAAACUAAUAAAAGAUAUAAAAAUUAAAUGAAAAUAUAAAGAUUAAAUUAGAAGAAAAAAUAGAAAAAUAAAGAGAGGUUGCUAGACCUCCUAGUAGAGAACAAAUAGAGUUUAAAACCUAUAUGAAAGAAUUUGAUAAAAAUAAAGCAGAAAGCUAAAAAAGAAAAUAAUAAAUAAUUUAUGAUUUGCAAGUGAAUCAAGAAAGAAGAGUAAUUUGGAAGAAUUUUAAUGUUUCUAACUUGUCUCGAAGUAAAUCACCACCUAAAUAACAAUCAAAUUAAAAUAAGAUAUCUAAUUCUUGA